AUGGGUGUGGAGAUAGUUUACCGGGAUGUUUUACCCAAGCUUGGGGGCAGGGAUAUUCUGUUUCUUCAUGGACAAUCAUUCUCUUCUGAAGACUGGGAGAAAACAAACACACUGGCCAUUUUUUCUGUUCUAGGGUACCAACCGGUCGCAGUUGAUUUACCAGAAGGUAAAAACUCAAAAAGUCAGAAGGUUGAUGUCGGAGACAGGGGACUUUUCCUGGAGAAGUUGAUCACUGCACUGGAUCUGAGAACUCCCGUCAUUGUCAGUCCAUCCAUGAGCGGGAGCUACUCACUGCCCUUCCUCUUCAUGGACCCCGCAAGAGAAGUACAAGAGUCUAAAUUUAAGGCUUUUGUUGCUCUGAUUCCAACAGCUAUUGUUUAUGGGGAAAAUGAUAGGUCUAUUGGUCCAGUAUAUACAACCAAUUUGAAGAACUUGCCUGGCCAUGAUGAACUCCACAUGAUAAAAGGAGCUGGGCACGCUGCAUGGAAAAACAAACCAGAAGAAUUCCAUCUCAUUCUCUAUAAGUUUCUCAUGAAGAAAACUAGGUCUUAA